UCGACUUUUAGUUUUUCCAUAAUCACGCCCCCAAUCAAGACGAGGAGAUGCAAAGUAAACAAGUGAACGUCAGCAGUUGUUUUCAUCAUCAUGGCUACAGUUUUUGAGAAGAAAAAGGAAACAAAAGUAACGCUUGAUGACACGAUACCACUAAAAUGUUUGGUGGAAUCGGCCGAAAAACGCGAAGAUCACAUGAAAUAUUGUGUCAAAGUGCAAAGGGGCCCUAUCCCGGAGAACAGCUGGACAGUGGACAAGCGGUACAAUGACUUCGUGGCCCUGGAUGGUGAAUUAAAAAUCUCCAACAUUGAGCUUCAGCUUCCACCAAAGAAAGUGUUCGGAAACUUUGGCAGAGAAUUCAUUGCAGAAAGACAGCAGGGGCUACAGGACUACCUUGCCUCAGUCAUGAAUCAUCAUCUAUUAUCUAAUACUCUUCACUUCAAAAAAUUUCUCGAUGCCACAAGUUAUGCUGUCAAUAUACCAGAGCUAGCAUUGCAACAUGUAUCCAUGGUGUUCCGAUCAGAAAAGAAAUGGGAUGUUGUUGAACCAAUGCCGGAUAUAGGCUGGAGAAUAAGGAAGAGCUACAUUUUGGUCAAACCUGUAGACCAGCCCAAAGUCCGACAAGUCUUAUCUUGGAGCGGUUUUGGUCCAGACAAAUAUAUUCCCGAGAAGGAGCUAUCUGCCAUAAUGAAGUUAUUACCCACAAUUCAGCAUCCACAUAUCUGCCCGGUGACUUUCUCCACGACAACAGAGAGUGGGGGGUUAACUAUAAGAGCCUUUCUGGAGAAGGGCUCUCUGAGAGACACAAUCUGUAAAUGUAAACCCAAGAACCAUUUUUUAAAGAAGUACGCAAAUCCCAAAUCAUACUCAACGUUAGACUUAAAUGCCGUGAAGAUUGUAGGAAAACAAAUUCUAGAGGCGUUGAAGUUUUUACAUGAAAAAGGGUUACCUUAUGGUAAUUUACACGCUGGUAACGUGGUGCUGGAAGGUGGGAAUUGUCGUCUGCUUGAUCUCGAGAACUGGCUACUCGGACUGCCAUCUUACUACAGGUCAUUCUUCACACAGUUCAAAAAAAUCAAUACCUGUGAACUGAUAGAUGUGUAUUGCUUUGGCCAGUUGUUGUAUGAGUUGUUGUAUGGUAAACAGCUCCUCACUGCUUCCUGUGAUUCAUUCCCUCCAUCAUCUCCACCAGAAAUCAGAUCUGUCCUGGAGUCCAUUCUGUCCAGUGAAGCCUGUAAAGGUGGCCUACCUACCAUUGAAGAUUUACUCUCACAUCCAUUCUUUGCUGGUGUGACAUUACCUCCAACAGACAAACCGGUUCUGAAAAUUCCAAGCAAGUUAAAAGAGGCCAUAAAGACUGCAAAGGAAAACACGGAGAGGAGACUAAAAGAGGAGCAGAAAAUUAUUAACCAGAUAAAGCGACUAUCGAAGGCUAAGCAAUUCCAUAUGUCAGAAGAGGAGAAAAAGAAAAGACGGAAAUCAAAAAAGGAAAAGGUGAGCUGCUGUGUUGCUGUCUAAGUGUUCUAAGUACUUGGGAAUCAAUGAGUACAUGUAUAUUUGUGGAGGCUCUCGAUUUUCACGGAUUUUGUCAGUGCCCUUAUCCUGUCAAUUCAAAAUCUUGAUUUUAUACAAUGUUUCAAUGUAAAAGAAAUUCAUAUAUUUAUGAAAUUACAUGUACAUACCAAUCGUAAUUAAAAUCUUGGCAAUCCAUGAAAAUUGGCCACACAAAUCUUAGUGAUCUGACAGUGAGUAGCAUUGAAUGAUUCCAUUUGCUUGGUCCCUGCACGCUAUGUUUUCAAAUCCAAACUAUAUCUCACAUAUUAGGCUUGUUUAAAUUACAGUUUUGAUAAAACUACAAAGUGAUUCAUGUACAAUAUAGUGUGGUCUCAAAGUCAAAUGAUAUGUUGAUAAAUACACGAUUGGUCAUGGCAGUACAUAUACAUGUAGUGGUAAAGAGGCCCAAGUUCUAUUCUCAAUCCCAGCAUCUCGUCAGACCCAUGAUCCCAAGCACUGGUUCCUUUGUCAAGCACCUGCCAUUAGAGGUGAAGGUCACUUGUCAUUCGGAUAUGACAUAAAAAACGGAAGUCUUGUGUCGAGGCAGGCGUUAACACAUUUUAGAAACCUCACUGCUAUGACCCUGAGCACUAAGCAUAGGUCAAAAUUUGUGGUACUUCACCAAUAGCUGGUGACGUCUCAAUAUGAGUGAAAGAUCUUCAAAAAGGAUCUAAAAACAGCAAAGAAAGAAAAGACACACACACUUACUGUACACUCAUUUACACCAUCACUUAAUGCAAAGAUGCCACCAUACCUAGUUCUAUGCAAUCAGAAUCUGCUCGUUUUAUGCUGCCUGGAUUAAAGGGACUGGUGCACGAUUUUCGAAAUGAUUUUUUGAAAAAUUUUUAUGUUAAAAUUUAAAAAUAUAACUCAUUUAAUGUUGACAACCAAAAUUUGGACCGUCUGAAUGCAAGGAUAAGAGCAAUAUUCUAGCUUUGAUUCUGUGUUAUGUAAACAAAGACUCGAGUCUUUUUAUGUAAACAAACAGACCAGUGAAAUGUUAAUUUUGUAAUUUAAAAAAUCUUUAAUUUGCACAAUCACAAAUUUUAACUUUUAAAUGAGACAUUUUACCUAAAUCAUACUUGAGAUGUGCUAUUAUAUAUAAUAUACUUAGAUCAAUAUCCAUUUAUAUUGAAAACUUCGUAAACAAUAACACCCCCAAAUCUUUGUUUUCAAAACAAAUAAUAAACUCUCUAUAAUGAGCUUCUGUCAUGAUGAAUAACCUUAUUUUUUUGUGAAAUCUGUAUAGAUUUUGAUCAUUUAAAGUGAAAAACAAAAUUUGGGGGGGAAAUCGUGAAUCAGUCCCUUUAAAGAUUAGGAGAUGUGUUGUUUGGGCCUGAUGUCUGUCUUUGAUUCCGUUCUUUAGUCUUGCUGAAACUUUUAACUUUAGUUAUAGUCACAUAGGGAGAUCAAAGUUGUAAAUUAAAAUCCUAAAUAACUCAAAUUCCUCACUGUUUUGGAAUUAAAGGGAAUAAAUUCCAUUCCAUUUGGUAAAUUGUAUUUAUUUUACUUAUAUUAAAGACAUAAAUUUGGUUUUCAUUUUCAUCAUUUUUGAAAAGAGUUUGUUUGUAGCAAGUGUCGUUAAAAUUUUUCACUCGUUAUAAUUAUCCCCAACGUCUUAACUUAAUAUCUGUAUGAACCCGAUGGACUGAGGUGAGCAUUGUAGUCUAUGGACCUCUUUGUUUUUUCUUUGUUUUUUCUAAAUUCAAUAAGAUGCAAGUGUCCUCAUGUAGUUUUUAUUCAGUUUUCAUCAUCACUUGACUGUUGCCAGAGCAGGCCCACGAUAGACGGUUCAGGAUUUAUACUCAUGGUGUCCCAAGCUCACUGGUAUUAAACUCAUGAUAGUAACGAUCGCUACUAUCAUCCCAAGAUGGCGGAAGGAAAUUCCGGAAAGACCACGUUUACGUAUUAUAUCUAUUUGUACUGUUUAUUUGUGAAUGAUAUAAGUAAGAAAUAUCAUACACUAGCAACAAUUACGAUCAGGUAUUAUUUUAUCUUUUAUACGGCUCAUAUGAACAGAAAAUUCGUCGUUGAAAAAACAGCGAGGAUUAUAGUAACGGAAAUGAAUGAUGAUAGUAACGUAAAACUUUCGUUACUAUCAUCCUCGCUGUUUUUUCAACGACGAAUUUUCUGUUCAUAUGAGCCGUAUAAAAGAUAAAAUAACACCUGAUCGUAAUUGUUGCUAGUGUAUGAUAUUUCUUACCUACAUACCAUUUGCAAAUAAACAAUACAAAUAGAUAUAAUAAGUAACCGUGGUCUUUCCGGAAUUUCCUUCCGCCAUCUUGGGAUGAUAGUAACGAUCAGUUUAAUACCAGUGAAUCUAAUUGAUAAAACUAAUUACCUUUCAGAAAGCAAUGCAGGAAAAUGGAGAAACUUCCGGCGAACCUUCAGCCCCUACAUCAUCUAAGCCCAGUGAAACAUCUACCCAGCAA